CAUCAUGCCUGCUGACGUUGCCAAACCCGCUCCCAAGAAGGGCUCCAAGAAAGCCGUUUCUAAGACCGCAGUCAAGGGCGGCAAGAAGCGCCGAAAGACCAGGAAGGAGAGCUAUGCCAUCUACGUGUACAAGGUGCUGAAGCAGGUCCACCCCGACACCGGUAUCUCCUCCAAGGCGAUGGGUAUCAUGAACUCCUUCGUCAACGACAUCUUUGAGCGCAUCGCCGGUGAGGCCUCUCGUCUGGCCCACUACAACAAGCGCUCCACCAUCACCUCCAGGGAGAUCCAGACCGCCGUCCGCCUGCUGCUCCCCGGUGAGCUGGCCAAGCACGCCGUGUCGGAGGGCACCAAGGCUGUGACCAAGUACACCAGCUCCAAGUAGACUACCACUUGAUCUCAAACCAACGGUCCUUUUC